AUGAGCGAGAUGAAGCAAGGAGGAAACGAUGCCGCCGCCCCGCGCUGCCCCCCGCACCCUGGAUUCAUCCGCGGGCUCUGCUUCCUCUGCGGGGUGAAGGAGGAGAACACGGAAGGAGGUGCUCCCGAGCUCGCCAUUGGGGACGAGAACGAGAUGAUGAAGCAAGGAGGAGGCGAAGGCGCCGCCGCCGCGGCGCGCUGCCCCCCGCACCCGGGGUUCGUCAGCGGGUUCUGCUCCCUGUGCGGGGCGAAGGAGGAGGACGCGGGAGGAAGCGCCUCCAGACACGCUGUUGGGAACGUCCACGGGGACCCCGCGCCGCCGGCUUCGGCGACGACGACCACCGUCCCGCGCGCGUCCGACCUAGCGACCCUCCUGCGCGAGAGGAAGCUGACCCUCAUCCUGGACCUGGAUCACACGCUGCUCAACUCGACGGGGCUCGACGACUUCUCCCCCUCGGAGGAGCGCAACGGGUUCACGUCGAGCACCAGGGAUGACCCCGGCAUGGGCCUCUUCCGAUUGGACACCUACGGCGUCCCCGUCCUCACCAAGCUCCGGCCGUUCGCGCGAGGCUUCCUGGAGCAGGCGAGCGCCAUGUUCGAGAUGCACGUGUACACCCUGGCAAGCCGGGCUUACGCGAUGGCGGCCGUCAGGCUACUGGACCCGGACGGCGUCUUCUUCGGCGCGAGGAUCGUGUCGAGCGCGGAGUCGACCCGGCGGGACAUGAAGAGCCUCGACGUCGUCCCCGGCGCCGAGGCCGCCGCGGCGGUGAUCCUCGACGAUUCGGACUCUGCCUGGCCGGGGCACCAGGAGAACCUGAUCCUGAUGGACAGGUACCACUACUUCGCCUCUACCUGCAGGGAUUUCGGCUACGACAUCAGCUCCAUGGCGGCGCUGAACCGGGACGAGAGGGAACACGACGGCUCGCUGGCCGUGGUGCUCGGAGUCUUGAAGCGCGUCCACCGGGGCUUCUUCGACUCGGUCCUCGACGGCGACUUCCCGGACGUCAGGGAGGUGAUCCGGGAGGUGCGGCGCCAGGUGCUGCUCGGGUGCACGGUGGCGUUCAGCCGGGUGAACUAUAUGGAGGACUUCGCCGAGGACACCCCCAUGUGGACGCUGGCCGAGCGGCUCGGCGCCGUCUGCGAGGUCGACGUCGACGAGACGGUCACCCAUGUCGUCGUGGAGGAUCCGGGGACCGAGAAGGCACAGUGGGCGCGGGACAACAACAAGUUUCUCGUCAACUCGGAGUGGAUCAAGGCGGCGAGCUUCCGGUGGUGCCGGCAGGACGAGCUAGACUUCCCGGUGACCCGUCGAGGUUGAACAAAGUCUUGUGGCUUGCUACUGCGGCAAUGGUAUAGCUAACCUUUGAGAAUUGCAUGCUUCAGAUCGUUGA